AUGUUUGCGACUCCACUGCGGCAGAUCAGGAGCCAGAAGGGGCCAGAGGUGGGCGGUCAGGAGCAAGGGCAAAGGUACAAGAUACUAAACAAGGGCUAUGGCAAGGAUGCAUUCAAGCUGAUGUAUGUCAAACGCAACGGUUCGGUGCACAGCAUUCAGGAAUUCGAGAUGAGCACGCACCUGAAGCUGAGCAGCAGCAAGGACUAUUUGUAUGGGAACAAUGCGGAUAUUGUGGACACAGAUGCACAGAAGAAUCUCGUUUAUGUUCUGGCCAAGAAGCAUGGCAUCGAGAUUCCCGAAAAGUUUGCCCUGCUCGUGGCCAGGCAUAUACUGAGCAAAUAUUCGCACGUGGAGGAGGUUCAUGUGCACAUGGAGACGUUGCCCUGGCAACGCAUGCGCAUGGAUGACUCCUCCAAGCUGGGCGAGAGCAACUCUUGUCCCAGAACCAGCGACAGUUCCCAGCUGCACAAUCACGCCUUCAUCUUGCAGUCCUCGGCGCAGCAUUUUUGCGACGUGAUCCUUACACGUCAGGAUUCCAAGCCGACCGUCUUCACGGGCAUCAAGGGACUGCGCCUCCUGAAGACCACCAAAUCCUCGUUUGUGAAUUUUGUGGACGACGAAUAUCGCACGCUGCCGGAUCUGCCCGAUCGCACGCUCUGCACCGCUGUGGACAGCUCCUGGGAGUACUCGGACAUUGAGACGGCCGACUUUUCGCGCACCUGGCAGAUUGUCAAGGAUGUUGUGCUCAAGGGCUUUGCCGGCGAUCCAAAGGAGGGCAUCUCCUCGACUUCGCUGCAGAACACAAUGUAUCUCAGCGGGCAGCAGGUGCUCGAUCUGGUGCCACAGGUGUCGCUCAUCUCAUUCACCAUGCUCAAUUUGCACUACGGCAAAUUCAAUACGAAGCCAUUCCAACAAUUGGUGCCAGGCGAGAAUAACGAGGUGCUCGAACCGGUCGACAAGCCAUUUAGCACCGUCUAUGUUCAGCUCGCACGUUAG